GAGAAGAAGAAGUCGUUCACCGUCGACGGCGUGCUCGGCCCGCGGAGCCGGCAGGACGACGUCUACGAGCACGUGCGGCCGCUCGCGCUCUCCGUCGUCGACGGCUACAACGCGACGGUUUUUGCUUAUGGCCACACGGGCAGCGGCAAGACGCACACGAUGACGGGCACGGCGCGGGAGCCCGGCGUGACGCCGCGCGCCGUGCGCGACGUCUUCGGCGCGAUCGAGCGCGCCGCGCGCCGCGAGAGCGCGGUCUUCCUCGUGCACGUGUCCUACGUCGAGCUCUACAACAACGUCUUCCGGAAUCUGCUCGAGGACCGCCACGACCACGCGCCCUCGCAGGGGAAGAUCGAGAUCCGCGAGUCGCGGGACUCGGGCAUCUUCCUCGGCGGUCCCCCGAAUUUGAAGGUGCCCGUCAAGUCGGAGCGCGACGUGCGCGACCUCGUCGCCUUCGGGGACCGCCAGCGCCAGUACGCGAGCACGAACUGCAACGAGCACAGCUCGCGCAGCCACUGCGUGCUCACGCUCCACGUCGAAUCGCGCUGGACGGAGUCGAACCGCCACUCGUGCCGCCUCGGCAAGCUGAACCUGGUGGACCUCGCCGGCAGCGAGCGCGUCGCCGUGUCCGGCGCCGAGGGCGAGACGCUCGUCGAGGCGCAGAACAUCAACCUGAGCCUCGCGCUCCUCGGCGACGUUUUGGCGGCGUUAUCUCGGAACGCGACGCGGCCGAAGUCGCAGUCGCCGCGGCCGCCGGAGCCCGUGCCCUACCGCAACUCGAAGCUCACGCACCUGCUCAAGGAUUCCCUCGGCGGCAACUCGAAGACGCUCAUGAUCACGAAUCUGCGCGCGCACCGCGACUACUACCGCCAGUCGCUCGUGUCGCUCAUGUACGCGUCGCGCGCUCGGAAGAUCACGAACGCGACGCGCGUCAACGUCGAC